GGGACCGGUACUUCCGGGGUUUCCGUCUUCCCACAAUCCUCCGCUGAGGGUCGCCUGACUGGGCUGUGGGAGCAUAGUCGUCAGCCGGAGGAGAGAGAGCAGUGUGUCCGGGCAGGCGGAGGCCGCUCAGCAGCAACAAUGUCGGCUCAGGCGCAGAUGAGAGCCCUGCUGGACCAGCUGAUGGGCACGGCGAGGGAUGGUGAUGAGAAUCGGCAGCGAGUAAAGUUUAUCGAUGAUCGUGUCUGCAAAAGUCAUCUCCUGGACUGCUGUCCUCAUGAUAUUCUUGCGGGAACGAGGAUGGAUUUGGGUGAGUGCACCAAGAUUCAUGACUUGGCACUGAGGGCUGAUUAUGAAAUUGCAAGUAAAGAAAAAGAUCUGUUCUUUGAGCUUGAUGCUAUGGAUCAUUUGGAGACCUUCAUUGCAGAGUGUGAUAGAAGAACUGAACUUGCAAAGAAACGACUUGCUGAAACUCAGGAGGAAAUUAGCGCAGAAGUUGCUGUAAAGGCAGAAAAAGUUCAUGAGUUGAAUGAAGAAAUUGGAAAACUGUUGGCAAAAGCUGAACAACUAGGCGCAGAAGGGAAUGUUGAGGAAUCACAGAGAAUUCUAAUGGAGAUGGAGAGAGUAAAGGCCCGGAAACGAGAGGCUGAGGAUGAAUACCGGAAUUCAAUGCCUGCAUCCAGCUUUCAGCAGCAGAAACUGCGGGUUUGUGAAGUGUGCUCUGCAUACCUUGGAUUACAUGACAAUGAUCGGCGGCUUGCAGAUCAUUUUGGGGGAAAGUUGCAUCUAGGCUUUAUUCUCAUCCGAGAGAAACUUGAGCAAAUGAGAAAAACAGUUGCAACCAAGCAGGAAAAACGGAAUCAGGAUCGCUUGCGGAGAAGAGAAGAAAGAGACCGUGAAGAGAGAGGAGGAAAGCGUUCCCGGUCCAAAGAGAAGAAGAGACGAAGAUCGCGAUCAUCUUCUCGUGAUAAACGAAGAUCAAGGUCAAGGGACCGACACAGGCAUCAUCGUAGUCGCUCAGGAAGUCGUAACAAAAGUCACCAUGGCAGUUCACGUGAUAGGGAACGUUCAAGAAAGUAACUACUAUAAGCAGCUAAAAUAGAUCUGCUGGAAUUACACAACUACAGUGUCUCAGUCAUGAAGUCUGAUAUUGCAUAUGGGGAACUUGCAGUACUUCAAAUAACAUUCUUUGUGUUGUAUUUUUAAGUAAUCGAGUAAUGUUCUAUAAAUCAUAAUAAAGCUUUUUUUCUUACUGAAAACUCAUAUUUGAUAAACUUAUUUUUUUUCCAAGAUAGCAAUGUUACUCCUUAAUUCUGCUUGCCCUCAGUCUUGAAAAUAGUUGAAGUAUGAUUAAAAUAUUUGUUUAGUGUACAGAGUUUGGUCAUCGUGGUUGUGUUUUAUUUUAGGAGACGUAGAUGGGAGUAUGAGAUACCAAAAAAACUGCUAUAUGAAGAUAAACCUAAUACCUUGCAACAUCCAAGUUUUAUUUGAUCAACAAUUCAUCUUCAUCAAAACGUUGUACGUAUACUAGACGUAAAACCAGGUUAUUGUUAGUUUAAUCCAAUAGAGAGUUCAAGAAGACUUAGAUUUGGCUUUAAAAAAAACAAUAAAACUCUUUCCACUUGAUGUUGGUGUUACAGCACUACUUUGCAGUUAUUAGAUUGGAUUUAAGAAGAGGUGUAUAGAAUGUGUUGCAUCUUUUUACUCACUUUCUGUUUACACUUUUCCAGUAGUAAUGAGCAAAUAGAUUGUGUUAGCUGAAGCUACAUAAUAUGGAUCAAAACUGUUUGUAUAUUCUGUGGUUAAAGCUAUGUAGACUCAACUGUUGGCUUGGAAAAUAAAAAAAAGAAAAAUGCUUUUUAUUCAAUACCAA